UUUCAAUAAAUUUACAAAUUUCUUGAGCAUGCAACAGCAAAUAUGGAAAGACUCUCGAGAUUGUAUUGGCCAAUUCUUGUGACACCCAAAAAUGCUGUUGUAAAAACCUUGGAUGCAACGUCCCGAAGCCAGAAGCUUUUAACAGAACUAGGUUUAAUAAAGCCGGCAUAUAAUGGCACUUUUCAAAUAAUGCCUCUGGCCCAGCGCGUUUUAGAUAAAUGUGUUGAUCUAGUUCGUCGACAAAUGCGCAAUGUAGGUGGCCAACAAAUAUCCAUGCCGAUCCUAACACCAUCGGAGCUAUGGAAAAAGACGGGAAGAUUAGAUGGUGAUAUAACAGAAUUCUAUCUUCUCCGUGAUAGACACGCGAAAGAAUUCAUUUUGAGCCCAACCCACGAGGAAGCAGUUACAGCGAUGUUGGGAUCUUCUGCGCCGAUCUCUUAUAAGCAGUUACCGUUGCGACUAUUUCAAAUUGGUCCGAAAUUUCGAGACGAAUUAAAACCACGCUUUGGUCUUAUUAGGUCUAAGGAAUUUACUAUGAAGGAUCUGUAUACAUUUGAUCGAGACACAGCCACAGCGUUACAGACAUACACUCAAGUAAAUUCUGCAUAUGAUGCGUUAUUUCGGCAACUGGAAGUUCCAUUUGUUAAAGUUGAGGCGGCAUCCGGCAUGAUGGGUGGCAGCCUAUCACACGAAUAUCAUUUCAUAGCUCCCAUUGGAGAAGAUCAGCUACUUUCAUGUGAUUCAUGUGGGUAUGCAGCCAACGUCGAAACGGUUGAAGAGAGUAGUGAUAAAGCCUGUUCACACUGCAAUUCCUCUAGCCUCCGUCGUGUGCCCGGUAUAGAAGUGGGGCAUACGUUCUUGCUAAAUGACAAAUAUUCCAAACCGCUAAAAGCAAUGUAUCUGAAGGAGAAUGGUAAACCCGAAUAUCUCGUUAUGGGUUGUUAUGGCAUUGGCAUUAGCAGACUAAUGGCAGCGGCAGUAGAAGUACUCGCUAGUGAAAAUGAACUACGUUGGCCCACACUUUUAGCACCUUUCGAUGUGUGCGUAAUAGGGGCAAAACAAGGAAGUAGAGAAGAGCAAGCUGCAAACAGAGUGCAAAAUGACUUUUGCUCUUCGCUUGGUGGAGUUUGUAAAGAGGAAGACAUUCUAAUUGAUGAUCGCAGCUAUUUAACAAUAGGUAAACGGCUACUUGACUCGAAAAGAAUGGGAUAUCCGAUUAUUGUUGUAAUUGGUGGCACAGCUGCUAACCCAACUCCAAAAAUUGAACUUCACUUCAAAAGUGAAAAAUUAGACGUUGAACCAAGUGAGGCGUUGAAGUUGAUUGCAGAAUAUAGAAACCGCAAACUGGAGCUCUAUAAUAACUCAUUUGAAUCCAAAGAGCAUGUAAAUUCUAGUGAGGCGUCUUUUGGAUAGUGGUGGCUGUUAAGAUCUAACCAUGUGGACUGAAUUAUAUAAUUAAUAUUCUAUUUCACAAUUUAA